AUGGACAACAUGUUCACCGAGCUGAAUACAAAGUAUGAUAUUGUGAGCAAUCGCAUAAAGAUGAUUGAUGUACAACUUGCUCAAACAGCUGAGAGUGUUAAAAGGCAGCAAGGUAUGCUUCAUGGAAAGAGUGCGAUGAAUCCUAGGGUUGAGAACUGUAAUGCAACAGAGCUGAGAUGUGAAAAAGCUGAGGAAAAAGAUCCAGAGCAACUGUCUGCUAAGACUGCUCUAGGCGCAGAAGAAAGAAUAGAGCAGCUUGCUAGCUCUGAAGUGACUGCUCCCGACGAACCUAUUGAGAUUUCACCAGUGCGAGUCUAUGUUCCUAAGGUUCCAUAUCCAAUUCCACCUAGACAUUUGAUGGAUCCCAUUAGUGCAGAACAACUGGCCGGGUUUAUGAAGAUGGUGAGAAGGCUUCCUCAAAAUAUCUCAUUUGAACAUGCUUGGGAGAUUCGACCAUUGCAUUUGUUCUUCAAAAACUGCAGAGAAUCUCGGGAGAAAAUCAAGGCACUCUUUACUGAAGCACUGACACCAUCGCUGAAGGUACUGCCUAAGGUUGAUGACCCUGGAAAUUUGUUUUUCCUUGUUCCAUUGCUGGAGUGGAAUUCAAGGAAGCUCUUUACGAGCUGGGCAUUGUUGAUGUGUGUAAACCUUGUCUCAAAAGCGAUUGUAGACGAGCUGGGCAUUGUUGAUGUUGAGCCUUCUCAGGUGAAGCUGGCUUUUACCAACUCUUCCAUGGCAGUCCCUUAUAAAACUAUUCACAAUCUUCCUGUCCAGGUUGGGGACUGCAUGCUCCAUACCGAAUUUCAGGUUGUUGAUAUGAGCAAAGAUCAUGAGAUGCCUUUGAUCUUUGGGAGGUCAUUUAUGGCUACAGUUGGAGCAAAUCGAGCAAUAAUCGACCUGCCUAAUAAGAGAGUCUCCUUCUCCAACAUCAUCAAGAAGGUUUUCUACAAGGCUGUCCCAAUCAGAUCACAAAUUCGAUAUGCCUCUUGCAUCUCAAUGGUUAAUGGAGAACAGUUGAAAAGUGUUCCUAAAGUGUUUGGAAAAAAGGCUGAGAUCAAAGAAGUCCUGGAUGGAGAUCCUCACACUGAUACAAAGAAACUCAGUGGAAAUGCAAAGGUGGAUGAAAAAGUCCACAAGAAAAGGCUCAAGGGUGCCCUAUGA